UGGUUAUUAUAUGUCUGAAGAAGAAGCUCAACAAGAAUUAAAUGAAGUAACACAAGAAUUAAAAGAGAAAGAAGAAUUUGAUCUAAUUGAAACUGCCGAAGCUGGUGGUGUAGAUGAAGAAGUAAAUCAUUCUGGUUUUAAAGAUGGAUUAAUCAAUUUAUGCCAAUUUAUAUUUUCUCCCGUUUUUGUUCAAACUUUUGUACUUACAUUCCUGGGGGAAUGGGGUGAUCGUUCUCAAAUUGCAACAAUUGCCUUAGCUGCCGCUCAAAAUGUUUAUUUUGUAACUUUGGGAGUUAUUCUUGGUCAUAGCAUUUGUACGGGUAUUGCUGUCAUUGGAGGAAGAUUUUUGGCUGCAAAAAUUUCCGUUAAAUCAG